AUGUUGCAUUAUAAAUUUCCUCUUCGUUUUUGUCAGUUCAAUUAAUUAACAGAAACACAGAAUUAGAAUUAGAAGUGGAAGCUCAAUAGCUAGCUCAUGAUGAGAUUUGAUUCUUUUUUCUGUUGCUUCAGUGUUCCUUCUUAUUCUGUUUCUAUUUUUGCAUCACUACUAUAUAGUGUAAUAUUCUCUUUAUUGCUUUUCGUAAAUGUGAGUAGUUUUGAUCCCCUGAUUCAGCUCCCCACAAUAUUGAAGAGUUCAACAGGCAAAUCAAUAACCCUUCUUUACGUGAAUGAGUUUGGAGCCAAAGGAGAUGGCAUCACAGAUGACACUAAGAUUUUUCAAGAUGUUUGGAAGAUGGCAUGUUCUUCACGAUUAAGACCAAAAAUUAUAGUCCCAAAUGGAUAUUCAUUCUUAGUUCGACCAAUUGAUUUUGUUGGGCCUUGCCGGUCAAAGGUUUCUCUAUUAGUUGAAGGAUCAAUUGUAGCACCAAAAGAUCUAAAAGUGUGGGAUGGAUUGGAUGCACGUAAAUGGCUUUAUUUCCUUAAAGUGAGACACCUAACUGUACAAGGAGGAGGAACAAUUAAUGGAAUGGGCCACAAUUGGUGGGCUACUUCAUGCAAGACUAAUACAACAAAUCCUUGUCGACAUGCUCCAACAGCUAUGACUUUCCACAGAUGCAACAAUUUAAAAGUGAGGGACAUAAGGAUGCUAAAUAGUCAACAAAUGCAUAUAUCAAUUUCAAACAGCAUACAUGUUGAAGUAUCACAUAUCAUAGUGCAAGCACCAGCUAAGAGCCCCAAUACUGAUGGAAUCCAUAUAAGCUCAUCUACACUUGUUGCUAUCAAGGAUUGCACUAUUCGCACAGGAGAUGACUGCAUAUCUAUAGUCAACAAUUCUUCAAAUAUCCUGGUAAAAAAUAUUGCUUGUGGUCCAGGCCAUGGUAUAAGCAUUGGAAGCUUGGGAAAGUCAAAUUCAUGGGCUCAGGUGCACAAUGUCUGUGUUGAUGGAGCAUAUCUUUCCAACACAGAAAAUGGUGUCAGGAUUAAGACUUGGCAGGGAGGUCGAGGAUAUGUGAGAAAGAUUAGCUUUACGAACGUGUGGAUGGAAAAUGUGUCAAAUCCCAUCAUAAUAGAUCAAUAUUAUUGUGAUUCUCCACUGCCCUGCCCAAAUCAGACUUUUGGUAUUAGCAUUCACAGUGUAUCCUUUGUGGGAAUUAGAGGAACAUCAGCAACAAAAAAUGCAAUUAAAUUUGCCUGUAGUGAUAGCUCCCCAUGUAGAAAGCUAUAUGUGAAAGAUGUUCAACUGGUUUCAUAUUUGGGGUUCCCCACUACAUCCUUUUGCUGGAGGGCAUAUGGUUCAACUUCAGGACUAAACAAUCCCCCUUGUUGCUUUAGCUUUAUGCAACAGCCAACAAAAUAUUUAUCGUAUUGGAAUCAUCAGUCCAUUUGAAUUUGCUCAAGGCAUAAAGAGGCUUAGCUUAGAUCAUGCAGAGAGGCAGAUUCAAUAUUUAAAAUUUAUGAAUUUCUAUAUAGUGUGUUUUAUAUACAUAAAGGUGUGGGCAAAAAUUAUUGAGUUCA